AACAAGAUUGAUGGCAUUUACCUGCCCAUAGAGACCAUGUACUCCAAACUCAGAGAAUUUGAGCUGCGUUUGCCUCGGAAGGAAGUGGAAGAAGUGGACAGUCUGAGAGAAAAGUGGACAGAGCUGUUGGAGCUGGCUGAGCAGGUCAGAGACGUCCUGCUGAAGGAGAGAAGAGGGGCAUUUGAACAAGAGCUGGAUAAGCAAGUCAAGACAUUUGUGGUUGAAGUGAUCCAGUUCCGCAAUGCUUUCGACGCCCAAGGCCCCGCUGUCCCGGGAAUCCAGCCUGCGGAGGCAGUGUCACGUUUGCACGACUUCCAGCAUCGCUACACCAUCUACGACGCAAAACGCAAGACUUUGGACUCUGUAUCCAAACUGUUUGGGAUCGCGUGCAAGCCGUUCCCAGAGUUGGAUAAGACUGGAGAGGAACUGGACCUGCUGAGUCAGCUGUAUGGAUUGUUCCAGAAGUUUAUUCGCUUUGACAACAAGUUCAGGGACACUCUUUGGGCUGAGGUGGAUUUGGAAGGUUCUUCUGCAGAGGUUGAAGGCUAUUGGGAUGAGUGCCUUGCCCUUCCCAGCAAACUCAAGGACUGGGAUGCCUACAAUGACCUGAAGACCAAGUUACAGACAUACCUGGAGGUCUUCCCACUGCUGCAGAAGUUGGCAUCAAAGGGGAGUAAUCGGUUCAAUAUCAAUGAAAUUCGUAACCGUCACUGGCUUCAAGUGAUGCAAGUGACCCACAGCUCCUUCCAGCUGGAGGGUAAUGUCUUCAAACUUUGUCAUCUUCUUGACAUUGGUCUCAUCAAGCACAAGACUGAGAUUGAGGAAAUCUGUAAGGGAGCCAGUAGAGAGCUUGAGCUGGAGAUCAAAAUGAGGGUCACAGAGGAGGAAUGGACAGAGCAGGUGCUGAACUUUGACCACUACAAAAAGAGAGGUCCCAUGUUCCUGGACAAAGCUUUCACAGAGAGGCUCCUGGAGCAGCUGGAAGAUGCCGAGGCUCUGUUGGCCACGAUGCUCACAUCCAGAUAUAUCGGGCCUUUGAGGGAUGAAGCAGCAUCAUGGGCGGAGAAACUGAAGGAGGUGGCCGAGGUGCUGGAGCUGUGGCUGGAGGUGCAGGACUUGUGGCAGUAUCUGGAGGCUGUCUUCAGCAACUCUCUGGCUGUCAGGGAGCUUCCUCAAGAGGCGAAAAGAUUUGCUCGAAUUGACAAAGGCUGGACAAAGAUGAUGAAGCGAGCCUUUGACACAAGGAAUGUUUUGCAGUGUUGUUAUGGUGGUGAGGUACCCAAAGCUGUUGUGCUACGCCAUAUCCAUGAGGAGCUUGAGAUUUGCUUCAAGAGUCUCGUUGGCUACCUGGACAACAAGAGGAGAGCUUUCCCCAGAUUUUAUUUUGUGUCUGACCCAAUACUCUUAGCCUUGCUGAGUCGACCGAACGACCUUGAGUCUGUCAGACCACAUCUGAAGUCCAUAUUCAGUGCAAUAGCUGACGUGAAGCUGGAGAAAGCAAACGAGCCUGAGGUGGACUACGAAGAGCAUGAGAGUGACCUUCGUGGGGUCCCUUACAGCCGAGGCCUGACCCGCACACCUGGUCUGGGCAGUUCACCUCAUGACAGAGCUCGGACGUCCAGUGCACUGUCCGCUCUUACUCGCAGUACGACACCCCCGAAAAUUGACAAAAGACUUCAUCAACAUUACAAUAUCAAUCCGAGUGUGAUGCAACAUGGCCCCACUAUGCUUCCCUCUGAGGGUCUGGUAGACGAUGUCAUCGUCAUGGACGCCACUGCCGUACACAGCGCCGAUGGGGAAGUUCUCUCCCUCAUAGACAAGGUGACGCUGAGUGACGGUGUGGAGGUCUGGCUAGGCAAACUUAGGGACUCGGUUGGGGACACGCUACAUCAGCUCAAUCAAGCCAUCAUUUCAGACUGCAACAAUGGAGUAGGUCUGGAGGAGUGGGCACUCAAGUACCCGUCCCAAGUGUGCCGUCUGGGCUUGUUGUACCACUGGAGCGCUGAGUGUGAGGCUGCUAUCGCUGAGAUUAAGUAUGACAGGAAGGCACUGCACGGCGCGGUGCGCAAGUACAGCAUGGCCACUGGCAAACUGGUCACUGUCUUGCUGCGCGGCAUGUGGAGGAGCUCUGAUGAACCCAUGCUGCCCAUGCACAGAGUCCGCAUAGAAGCAAUGAUCACUCAAUCCACAUACCUGAAGGACAUCAUGGAGAACAUGUGCCAGAGGAAACUGAGAGAGACGACCGACUUUGAGUGGCGCCGGAGUGUCAGAUGUUACCUGCAGCCUGAUCCCGCUUCAGUGCAACAAAUCCCUGGCUCUGCAGGUGGGGAGAGAAGUCAGACAGCAUCUACAGAUGAUGAAGAUGAGGACGAUGAGGCUGUGGAGGAGAAGCCCUUGCCUCGGCUCUGGAUCCUGGACUCCCACUACGAGUACGGGAAAGAGUUCUAUGGGACGGACACGGGUGUGUGCCCCACCCCCACCACGGAGAAAUGUUUCGUCACCAUGUCCCUGGCUCUGAAGCAGAUGAUGGGCUCUGCUUUGAUGGGACCCCCUGGAGUUGGGAAAACUGAGACUAUCAAGGGUCUGGCCAAUAUUCUUGGAAACUUUUUGGGCAUGUUCCAAGUGUCCUCUGAGCAUGAUCCGACCAGUAUUGGAAAAAUUGCACAGGGAAUGGCAAUGGAUGGAUGUUGGGGCUGCUGUGAUGAAGCCCAGAGCUUGAGCAAACAUGCGCUGUCUGUGCUGCUUGACCAUGUCCAGUCCAUCUUCUUGGCUCUUCGGGCCAGACAGUCCUACAUGUACCUUGUGGAUGGCACAGAAAUUCCAUUACGCCGAUCAGUGGGUCUGUUUAUGAGUAUGGACACGUCAAAUUACCCCAAGUCCAAAAUGCCGAGUGACAUCCUGGAGUCGUUCCGAACCAUCUCCAUGGUGAAGCCGGACAUCGGCAUGAUUCUCAAGGCCAAGUGUUCCUCCAUGGGCUUCAGGGCUCCCAUCGUGCUGGCCAACAGACUCAAGCUUCUCUCAGAGCUUGUCAAGGAUCAGCUGCCACAGCAGAUCCACCACCACUUCACCACUCAGGCUCUGAUCGGAGUCCUGAAGAGAGCCUCCCAGAAGAGGCGCCGCGACAGAGAUGACCGGAUGGUGCAGAGGGACCUGAAGGAUGAGGCAUCACGCUCAGAGAGUCAGAGUUCGGAGGCACCAACCAACAGAACUGCCCAGGCCCCUGUGAAUGUUUUAGCUAACAAGCCUGGUCAAAUUGGAGUGAUCAGAAAACCAGGCACACCAAAUCCUCUGACCACACAGGGCAAGCAAGAGCACUCAAUGGUUUGUGAGACAAUAGAUGAGAUCAUCAGUCCCAGGCUGACAGCUGAGAACCACACACUGUUCAAGAACAUUCUCAAAGACUGCUUCAGCAAUCUUCCGAACCCUGACGGCACAGGCGGAAAGUUGUCUGCCAAGGGCAGGGGAGCAAACUCAGCCAAAGCAAGGCCCCUGGUGUCAGCUCGUGUCCCACGUAACACCGUCGAUAUUGAGCCGGCCCUGGAGAGCAAAGCCGUGGAAGCGGGUCUAGUAGCUCACAAACCGUGGAUCACCAAGUGCAACCAGCUCUACACUCUGUCCCAGGUUUACAAUGGUGUCAUCGUGGCUGGGCCUCCGGGCAGUGGGAAAUCUGCCUGUAUCCAGACAAUGGUGGAUGCUCUGUGUGUGCAGACCAGAGCCAUAUCCCGGCAGUCACACAGCAGCAAGGCUUCGGCCUCCACCGAGAGCCAGCACAAACUUCUGAGGAUCAACCCAAUGGUGGUGGAUGACACGGCCCUCAUGUUUGGCAGCCUGGGCCACAACAAUGACUGGGUGGACGGUAUCUUCACCCACGCUGUCAGAAAGGCCAACAGGAAUAUCAGUACAACAUGGAUGUGCCUUGAUGGUGUGCUCAGUCAGAGCUGGGCUGACAACUUCAACAGCAUUCUUGGUGGAGACAAGGUUUUGCACCUGAAGAAUGGAGACAAGCUGUUCCUCAACGACAAUAUCAUGCUUUUGUUUGAGACGGAUGACUUGACCAAUGCGUCCCCGUGCACUGUGUCCAGCUGUGGCAUUCUCUUCAUUGAUCGAGAUGUUGUUGGAUGGAAGCCCAUUGCCAGAGCUUGGCUGGAUACAAGAUCACAACUAGAAGUGCAUGUGCUGCAGAGAGCUUUCCAGAAGACCCUGGAUCCCAUUGUGAAUUUUGUUUUGAAUGAAGCAAAACCACGUCUCCAGCUGUGUGAAGUGGGUAUGCUGAAGACCUGUCUCGGUCUACUGGCGGCCAUGUUGGCAGACAACAUUGAGGUGUCCGGAGAACUGCACAUUGAGCGUCUCUUCCUCUUCUGUCUGAUCUGGACAUUUGGAGGGCUCCUCGAUGCCAACGACGGCAAAGCUUUCAGCGACCUGCUCAAGACACUGUCUACUGCAUUGCCAGAUGAUGACAGAGACAUCUGUGUGUUCGACUACUAUGUCGACGAAUCUGGAGAGUGGGAUCCAUGGCACUCACGUGUGCCAGAGGCUGUGUACACAGACAACCAAGACAUGUUGGGAGAAGUGUUUGUCGACACUGUUGACACUAUCCGAACUAGGAUCCUGAUGGAAUUUUCUGCUGCUUCUGGCAGAAAUGUUUUACUCGUGGGACCCCAUGGUUCUGGCAAAACUGCCAUCAUCAAUGACUUCAUCGACAGUCAAGAUCCCCAACUAUCUGUGUGCAAGCGUCUUGUGUUUUCUGGAGCCUCCACAGCACUGCAGCUUCAGCAGUUCAUUGAUUCCAACAUCCAUCACAGACAAGGCUUUGUUUACGGAGCCAAAGACAACAAAAAGCUCAAGGUGUUCAUUGACGACCUCAACCUACCCUUGCCGGACGAGAACGGGACUCAGCGGUGCAACGAGCUGUUGAGACAACUCCUGGAUGAGAGACAACUCUGCACGCUGAGCAAACCAUUUGAGUGGCGCACCGUGGAGGGCCUGUCUAUCAUAUCAGCCUUGGCGCUCAGUGAUUAUCCAGCCGCUUUCAGCAGACCUCUGAGCGAGAGGCUUUUGCGUCACUUCGCAGUGUUUAGCAUGCCAGCCCCACAAGAUGAUUCACUCAAGAACAUUGUCCAUGGCAUUCUUGAGGCCAACAUGACAGCUGGUGAUGCCCCGGGCCUUGACCUUGACCUUCACAAUGCGUUGGUCUCUGUGUCGUGUGACAUGCUUGUGUCCAUACAGAGUGUACUACGACCCACACCCAUGGAUGGCAGGCACCAUUAUCUUUUUACUCUCAAGGACAUCACAAAGUGUUUCCAGUGUAUGAGACGUCUGGCUGACGAGAGCAAAGCUGACGAGAUCAUGGUCAUCUCUCUGUGGCGGCAUGAGCUGAUUCGAGUGGUCAGAGACCGCAUCAGCCGCACGUCAGAUCUCAACUGGUUUGACGAUAAGCUGGACACGGUCAUCAACACGAUGUGGAAGGAAAUGGAGUCUGAUGUUCAAGAACACUUUGUCACCUUUCCAAUUGACACACGUGUGUUCCAACGGCCUGUGACUAACAUGGGUACCAAGCAAGUUAGAGUGUCCCUUCAGCCUGUGGAGAACAUGGGAGACCUGCACAGCUGUCUUAACACUCACCUGACCCGCUACAACGAGGAGUUUGGCAACAUCCGUCUCAACAUCAUGCUCUCCGACUACAUCAUCUCUAAUGUGGUCCGCAUGCACAGGAUUCUAAGCUUCCAUCAUGGUGGCAACCUGCUGCUGGUGGGUGCUGUAGGCUCUCAUCUGUCCACCCUGUGCCGCUUGGCCCUGCAUGUGGCAGAUGUCCCCAUACACAAGAUAGACACCUCCAAGCAGAGCAACUUCUUUGAUGGCUUGCGAUCAGCGAUCAGGCUCAGUGGCUCAGAGGGCAAGGUCAUUUCCCUCAUGUUUACGGCCCGUGACCUAGAGGACCCCACCUACCUGGAUGCCCUCAACAGUCUGCUCAUCAGCGGCGAGUACCCGCACCUGUUCUCCAACGACGAGAUGGACGGUCUACUGCAGGCCAUCCACCCGGCCAUGAAGAGGGAGUUCCCCAGCUCCUCUGUGGAUCCCAUGAAGUUCUUUGUGUCCCGCGUCAAGAGCAAUCUACACCUGCUCAUCUGUCUGCCUCCUGGGCAUGAACUCUUGACCAAUGCCGCAAACAACUUCCCUGGGCUCCUGAUUGGAUGUCAGAUGAGCUGGAUGUGCGACUGGCCUCAAGAGUCGCUGCUGGGAGAAGCCUUGUACUUUAUCACCAAGCAUCAGCUGGCGGAGGAGUUUGAAGAUCUCAGAGAAAGCAUCACCACCAGCCUGGCCAACAUCCAUAGUUUUGUGCUUCGUGACUGCAAGCAGAUGCCGUGGGCAGGUGAUCUCAGCGCAGAGAUAUCACUGACCACCAUCAAGGUGCAUGAGAAGAAGAAAGAUCAGCUGAAGAUACAGACGGUUUCAGUUCCAAACUUGCCGUACUCCAAGGUCAUUCUGCAAGAGAGAAUCAGGCUUAACCACAAAGACUCAGAAGCUAAAGCCAAGAAUGAAGUGUACGUUGGACCCACCACCUACAGAAGGUUCAUGGAGAGUUUCCGGUAUCUGUACCAGUGGAAGUCUGAGGAGAGGACCAAGACAGUGGAACAGCUCAAGAAAGUGAUCACAACAUUAGACAAGACAAGAGCCGAUGCGAAAGUGAUGAAGAAAGGCAUCAAGACAAUCACGGGAAAGUUUGAGGAUGCCAAGAAGAACACGGCAGAGCUGCUUCAUAAGCUGACAGCAAGAGCCACCAUGCUGGAGAAGUUGAAGGCGAAAGUGGGCCUCAGCAAGUCACUGGAUGCAUAUCUGCAGCUGAACGAGCUGGAUGUGGAGGAAGAGGAGGAAGAUGAACUGCUCAAAGAAGAGGAGUACGAUGACUACGAUGCUGAGUUUGACCGCAUGAGAGAAGCCACGCUAAAGACGCGUCAAGUUCAGGCAAAAGAGGAGCUCUCAGAGGCACAGAAAAACCUAGAAGAAUGCAGGUCCAAUCUUGCUUAUGCCCGUGAGCAGGUUACCUUCUGGAAGAACAAAGUGGAUCGGUCUGUCAUUGAGCACGUGAGAGCUUUUGCCAACCCUCCACUGUUGGUUGGUCAGGUCAUUGAGAUGGUGAUGGUUCUGAUCGGCAAGCGUUUGCCUUCUCAGAGAAUUGCUGAGGUCAAAGAGUCAUACCCAGGCAAGGAGGACCUGUCCUCCAGGAUGUCUUCUAGCUCCAGCAGUACAAAACUGAUUGUCAAGAAAUCGGUGAACAGAGGCUCAGCAAAAGCCAAAGAGGGAAGCGACAGAUUUGACAAGACACAGUGGAAGAGCAUGCAGCAGACGAUGACUGACUCCAUCAAGUUUGUGGACAUGUUGCACAAUGUGCCCUGGGAGGAUGGCCUGCCUGGUGACGUGCUUGCCGCCGUGGAGAGCUACCUGGCCUGUAGCAGAGAUGGACAGCUGGGCGUCACAGGAGAAGGAAGCCUCUUGGAAAACGCUCAAGACAAGCAUUUCCUGGCAGUGAAGCAACGCUCACCAUCCCCCGGAGCACGCGGUGGCCUCACCAUUGCUGGUGCCAAGUAUGCCAGUGAGGACUGUGCUACUCUAGUACACUACACCAUCGCCAUUGUGGAGUACACUCGCCUCUGUGGCCCGCUCAAGUCAGCGCUGGAGCGUCUUCAUGAGCUGGAGAGGGAGAUUGAGGAGAAUGAAAGACUGCAGAAGCAACAGGAGGAAGAGCCGCAAGAAGAGGAAGAAGCUCCCAUGGAGGAGGAGGAGGAAGAUUUGUCAGAGGCUGACCUUCCCAGAGUGCAACAAGAGGUCAACGCCCUCCAGGCUCAGUUUGACCAGGCUGUGGUGGAGAAACACUCACUCCAGAUGGAGCUCAAGUCCAUGAACGAACGGCUGAAAGCUGCAGUAGAAAUGGUGGAUAGCUUGAAAUCUCAGGAGCAGAAGUGGCGGCAAGAUGUGAAGGACAACGACUGCAAUGAACUUCUGUUGGCAAACUGUAUCACAGCUGCCGGCACUCUCACAUACUGUGGGGCUGUCAAUAUAGACACCAGACGUCGUAUGGGCGAGUUCUUCAUGCAGGUCUGUGAGCACCAUGGCCUCCCUCUGCACAAGAACAUGUUGUUCCGCAACUGUGAGCUCAUCGACUUCCUGUACACUCCGCUGGACGUGAUCCAUCUCCAGAGGAAGCAGCUGCCAACCACCCGUCUCAUGCUGGAGAAUGCCUGUUUCCUGAUGCAGGAGGCCAGUACAACUGCCUGGCCUCUCAUCUGUGACCCGACCUCCAGGGUCAUCGAUUGGCUCAAGUUCUUCUACACCGGCCGUGACUUGGUGGAAGUCAAAUACCAUGAAAUUCGUUCUCAACUGGAGAACUGCCUCUCCGACGGGACACCGCUGCUGGUUACGGACUGCGACCUCGAGACCCUCAUGAAAGACAGAAGGUUCACGGACACCAUCGCCAACUGUGUCAACUUUAUCAACGGAAAGACAAGAUUCAAAGUCAUUGUCACAGAUCACGAGGUGGAGUGCGACCCCAAGUUCCGAAUGUUCCUGCACACGACCAGCGAGCCUCACUGUGUGCCCACUCAGUUGGCAGCCUACACGGCCGUGACCUUCUACCAGCAGUGUCGCGCCUGCAUUGAAGAGGAGCUCCUCGAUGUCUUCAUGGCCCAGGAGAAGUCGCGGCUGGACAAUGAACAAACCACGCUCAGACAGGAGAAACAAGAGAACCUUGAGACUCUGGAGCGCCUGGAGCAACAGAUGAGAGACCAGUUGUCCAGUGAUGUGCGCUUAAUGAAUGAUCUGCAAGCCACAAAACGCUUGGCUGAACUCAAAAAGCAUUAUGAUGAGACCCUGGAAAGUCAAUGUCGUGUUCAGACUGGUGAAGAUUCGAUCAUGAAGGCGAGGGAGGGUUUCCGCAUCAUAGCCCAGCGGGCUGCUGUGUGUUUCGACACGAGCCAGUACAUGAGAGAGAUACAUCCACUCUACCAGUCCUCCUUCAAGCAGUUCAUGUCUCUCUAUCAAGCUGCGAUCGCUCACUCAGAAAGGUCGGCAGUGAAGGCUGUGAUUGACCGUUUGACGUACAGUGCUUUUACUACAAUGGCUCGUGGUCUCUUGGAGAGGGAUAGGUUCAUCUUUGCUCUGCUGCUCGCCAUUGAGGUGGAAGAUUCUCAAGGCAACGUGGGCCCAGGUGAGAGGGAGUUUGUGAUCUCACCAAACUACAGCUCAGUGGUCAUGUCUGCCCUGCUGCCCUCAGCCACACCCGACCCUCACAUCAUGCAGAGCAAGAAGCCUUUUGACUGGAUGACUGACGACCAAUUCCACAACCUGCAGGUGCUGGCUUCACAUUUCGAGUGGUUCAAAGACAUGUUUGACCGAAUGCCCAAAGACGGGCGUGAGACGCAGUGGCGCAACCUUUGCGAGAGUGAACUGCCAGAGUCAGUUCCCUUGCCGGACAAAAUGGACGAUGUAUACAAGGGCAUGCAACGUCUGUGUAUUGUCCGGGCUGUGCGCAGUGAUCGGCUACUCCACAGCAGUUCCAACUUCAUCAGCAACAUCCUUGGAAAGAAGUACAAUUCUGACAUCUCCCUGGAUCUUCCGACCGUACUGCGACAGAGCACACCGACCCUUCCCAUAAUGCUCCUGUUCCGCAAUGAGAGUGAGCAGACGUUCAAGAUGUUCCAGGACUUUGCCAACAAGAAACAGACACGCGUCAUCACCGUCCUCCUCACUGACAACAACAUGGGUGAUGAGAGAGCAGUCAAAAAGCAGAUUCUGAAGGGAAUGGCAGAGGGCAUGUGGGUGCUCCUGCACAACGCCCACAACAGCCAUCACCUCCUGAAUGCCACAGAAGCCAUUCUGAAUGAAGGUCUGGCUCAGAGCGACUCCAACUUCCGCCUGUGGAUCUCCUCCCACGUCGAUGCCACCAGCAUUCCCGUCAGGCUCUUGCAGAACUCACUGAGGGUCUACGUGGAUUCUCCCAAGACCAUGAAGGACAGUUUGAUCAGGACCUUGUCCUGGAUGGAGCCAGACAUCUUGAAACAGUCCAAUCGACCUGAGUGGCCCGCCAUGCUGCACAACCUGUGCUACUGCCACGCUGCCAUCCAGCUCCGAACCCGGUUCAGCAGCGGUGGCUGGAAUCUCCCUCAAGAGUUUCUGACCAUUGGCUUCAGGGAACUUCAGGAGUGCGUUGCCUUCUCUGUUGGGGAGUUCCGAGACCCCAUGUUUGUGAUGGCUGCUGAUGGCUCCAUGGCUCCACGCACAACCUCCUGGACUGGAGUGCGCUUCAUGCUGUCAGAGGUGAUGUACGGUACUCACAUCACAGACCCAUAUGACCAGCAGAGCUUGAGUGCUAUCGUGGACUACUGGUGCUCACCCAACGCUGUGAAAAAAGAUUUUGAAGUUGCGAGAUUGAAGUACCGUGCCCCUGCAGCUUUCUUCAACCCGAAUGUGCGGCUCAACACUCUGAUUCAGUCUCUGGAUGGGAUCGCUAACCACUACCUGGAGGUGCCUGAAGCCUGCCAUCUACAUCCCAACAUUGAGACUCUGCUUGGAGAUGACCAGUAUAUCUUUACAAGGUUGAACAAAGUCUUUGACUCUAUGCCAGCCUCUCCGACCUUGUCGCACAAGCUCUUCCCCAGGCCACCGACCCCGUUUUCUGCUCGUGUCACCAAAGAUAAAGUGAAAGAAGUAGAGGGUGAAGAAGAAAAAGCCGUGCCAAAGACAGGUCCUCCGUUGGCAAGUGUGAGCAGCCAGAGCAACAACCCCCUGGUGGUGGAGCAAGGCGUCUUCAGCACGGCCAGCUAUGCCACCUACAAGAUGAGGAAGGACAUGGAGCUGUGGGAGAUCUGCUACACCAUGCUGCAGAAGGUCCCCAAGGCCUACAACAAGGAUUACAUUGUGGAGAAAGUGAAGAAAGUUGGUGGCUUCACAUCAUUCAACAACUUCAUCAUGAAGGAAUUGGAGAUCAUGUACAAACUUCUCAAUGAAAUCAGGACGAGUCUGCAGGCCAUCAAAACGGCCACAGAGAGCAACGUGCUGGGUGAUCAGGUGUCCCAGCAUACCCUGGAAGUGGCCGACGACAUUUUCCAUCUGCGUAUCCCCGAGGCCUGGUGUCGCAUGUCUGGUAACUCAGCUCCACCCCUGACCUAUGGCAUGGGUCAGUGGCUGGUGGAGCUGCAGAGUAGAUGUCAUCACUUUGAGCGCAUUUUGUCACUGGGUCGUGAGAAGAUGCCUGCCUACUGGCUUGGAGCUUUCUUCAACCCCAGAGGUCUGUUGGCCUUACUGAAGCAGGACAGCAUCAAGAGCUAUGCUGUCGAGCGCUCAGGGAAUUUCGAACUUUUCACUUUCCAGACAGAGGUCACCUCCAGGGACAAAGAUCAUCUGAGAGACCCUCCCCAAGAAGGAAUGUUUGUGUGGGGCAUCUAUGUGUGGGGCUGUGCCUGGGAGAAGACAACAGGAGAGCUGCAGGACCUUCCACCUCGCACGGGCUGUGCCGCACUGCCCGUGGUCCACGUCACCUGCUGGCCCGUCGCGGAGAAGCCCAGCACCCAGGACAGCACCCGCGCCUCAGAGACGUACGCAUGUCCUGUGUACCACUCCAGACUGGCCAGGCAGGAGGUGGUGUUGGAGAUGGACGUGCGGCGGGAGGGUAUCGCUGGCUCUCGGUGGGCUCUUAGAGGUCUGGCUGGUACUAUUCGCCCAUACUAGACAGAGUCUAAACUAUGCCAGAUGAAAUUGAUUCUGUCGGGACCUUUUAAUGUUAGGCCGCCACCGUAAUGAAGUGUGACAUGAUUAUUAGAUGUCCAGCUAUAGCAAGGUCGGGCUAAGCUCUUCAACAUUCUGCUAGAGCAAAACAACAUUCAGUAUUGAGAAUAUAUUAAAAGGAAAAAUGCAUGUGUACUAAUUCAAUCAAUGUCAGUUGAUCCAUUCUAAAGAUGCAUUUGUAAUCAUAUGCUGGAAUGGGAAUUGCAAAUACCUCUUGUAGUUGUAGUCUAUUUUUAAGCCUUUGUAGAAAUAUGACUUCAAAGUAUAGCUUAGGCUGAAAGUCUCAUUUUGGAGGAUUCUGAUGCAUUCUUGUUUUGGCUUUGAUGUAUAUCUUUUAAAAACUCAAAGUAAUGACUCAUUCUUUAUAGAUUUUUUAAAAACCCCAACCUAAAUUGAACUUUAAAAAUUUGAGCAGAGCUCAGACUUCAUGUAUGUAUUAUUGUAUUGUGUGCUUUCAUGACGAUAAUCAUCACACUGUCGUAAUACAGCAUUAUUUUAUACAUGUUCUCAUUUUUUCCUUCCAUCGUUCGUUCUGUCUUUGUCACAAAGUAUGAUUCUAUUAUAUUGCCAUUUUGUAAACCAGAAGACGAGCUCUACCAAAAGAUUCAUCAGCUCAUUUUUGUUACAUGUACAAAUACACAUACAAGUGGGUUUUUUUCUAUUAAUAUGUUAUUGCCGCUAUGCUCAACAGUUAAAGUUAAAGUGAACACUGCUGAAAGAUUAACAUAAUUGUCUCUCUUUUUCAGCAUUUUUGUUUUCAAUAUAUAUUUGAUAUAUUUUUCAUUUUUAAGGAUCAGUUGGAAUGCUCAACAAAAAGUGAACACUGCUGAAAGAUAUUAUUUUUUAAAUAUUUUACAACGAUUUUCAGUUUUAAAAGAAUCAUAGCACCUGCAAGUCUCAAAAUUAUACAAAUUUAUGUGAAUGAAUUCAUCUUGACUGUGACACUAUCUGAGAGCCAAAACAUACACUUUUAAUGUUAUGCAGAAUUUAUUCAUGUAUUGUGUGCAGUGCUACACUCUAGCAGAGUUUUUUUUUUCUUGGCAUUCGCUGGUCACUCUCAGACCACAUUGUCUGUCCUUCCCAUGUAACAUGACAAAAUGAUGUGUCCGUCUGUACCAGAUCCCCUUUAUCUAACAUUAACAAUAUGCAAUCAUUUGUCAAUUUAGAUAUAUAUGUUUAUCAAAUUUGACACGUUUACUAAAAUACUUUUUCAGUACUAUGCAGUCAGAUCAUCUAUUCAUUCAUGUAGUGUCAUAAUUUUCCCAUUUAUCUAAUAAAUCAUCCGUCCAUUAUUUCCACUUCAGUGAAAGCUAUAAGUAUGAGUGUUUUACAAUAUAUAAUCAACAGUCCACAUUUUUUUUUUUUUAUGUGGAAAACAAUAUUGAGUAUAUUUUACUGUAUGAUGCAAUAAUCAGCCGUCCUAUUUUCAAAUGUGAUAAACCUUUUUGGCAUAGAUCUACUCGUGUCAGGUAAAUAUUUGUGUCGGUUUUAAUAUUUGACACGUUUUGUGUGAAAUGAUUUUUCAGUGUGAUACUGCUUCCGCUAGGAAGUAUGCCUAGUUAUUUAAAAAUACAGAAGGAUAUUCAAAGAAUGUCAUGAUGCAUGAAUAUUUGUGAUGAAAGACAGUCAAAUGACUCACUUAACGUGUUCUUUGCCACUAGUGAAAUCAUGAAAUUGAGCAGUGACAAUAAAUUCAUCUGAACAAAACACUUUUU